AGAAGAAAGAAAAGGGGAAGGCCGGAAAACACCAACCGGAAGUCCACUCGGCAUAAGGAAGGCUCUCGAGUAGUGUUUGAAUUAAUUGCAGAGGCCGGCUGGUGAAAAGAUCUGUAACAAUGGUGAAGAUUUUUGUGGGAAACCUCCCUCACGAAGCAGACCAAGAAGAAAUCAAGGCGCUCUUCACGGAGUAUGGCACAGUCACAGAAUGUGCCAUCAUCAAGAACUACGCUUUCGUCCACAUGGAUGACAGAAAGGCAGCCACUAAAGCCAUUAAAAACCUGCACCUCUAUAAGCUUCACGGCACACCAAUCAACGUAGAGGCCAGUCAUGGGAAGAACCAGGGUUCGGUUAAGCUCCAUGUAGCCAACGUGGAGAAGGGGGCCGAUGAUGAGCUCCGAGCUCUCUUUGAAGAGUACGGCUCAGUCACAGAGUGUGCUGUUGUCAAGAAUUUUGCCUUUGUACACAUGUCAAACUCUGACGAGGCCAUGGAUGCCAUCAAAGGACUAGACAACACUGAAUUUCAAGGCAAACGCAUCCAUGUCCAGAUUUCUAAGAGCCGUCCCAGACAUGACGAACGGGACGACUACCCCCCUCCUCCCCCAGACAGAGGUGGCUAUUGGCCCCCUCGCUACCCAGGUGAAGGGCACGAGCCUCCGCCUCCUCCCGGCUACAUGAGAGGCCGCCUCAGCCACAUGCCCCCAGGUUACCCUGCUCCUCCUCUGCCACCCCCUCCCCCUAGGCGAGCUGUUUAUCCUGAUCGUCCCUACGAGGGGGAGAGGGACAGAUAUGGCGUGGUAGAUUACUAUGAGAAGUACAGAGCCCGUCCGUAUGGCAUUCCCUCAUAUGAAGACCAGCGUCCUGGCGCCCCCCCUCCUCCGCCACCCCCUUCAGCCGUCGUCCGAGAUCGUCUCAUGACCUCGCCGCUUGACCCAUACGAGCGUCGGCCGCUUCCCCCUCCUCCGUCCCCUUACUAUCCCCGAGAUCGCAGUCCCCUCAGGAGAAUGCCUAGCGCACCAAUGCCCCCUUCCAAUAACGGCUACUCCUAUGAGCGCUCCCGACUCUCUCCGGUUUCCAGGGUCCCGGCAUACGGAGCUCCACGUGCCAGGGACCCCUACGCAGAACGGCUGCCUCCGCCACCGCCAGCACGCUACGCUUAUUAAGCAAGGCCCUUACAUGUGAAGGACCGUCGUCCGACUGCGUCGCCGCUCGCCGCCUCCUGAUGCACGUGACAAUGUCCUCUUCCUGUCUGUGGCUGAGCGCGUUAUGUUUCCCUGCGGCGCUCACCGGACGAACUGAAUUGUCGACGAUCUGUUUUGUUGUUAUUUUGGAACAGUUUUUACACUCGUGUUUUCCCCUGAUUGUUUUUAGUUUAUUAUUGUGCUGUAGUAUUUUAAAUGCUUGACGUCUUAAGUUAGGCGUUUCCUUUUUUUAAUUUGUACUUUUACGUUUGAAUUAGUAGUGUUCUCAUGUUUUGUGUGACUUAAGGAAGCUGACCUCAGCAGCAGUUCUAGGCGAUACAUGUGACUGUAGAGUUAACUGAAUAAUGUUUUGUAUUCAAUCUAAUCUGCACGCUGGUUCUAUAGUGUUGAGCCUUGUCAUCGAAAACCUAACCUCCAUGUGGCGUUGCUGUAAACAUUUAAAAAGACGAAGGGGUUUAAACAAAUACAGGACGUAGCUGUCAGUAGGACGGUUACUACAAAACAUUCACAUGAACCUGUGCAUUGUCGAAAUUGUUUUUAAUAAACCGAUCUGUGCUGUAACCGCUUGAAAUGAAUCGAAUACCCUGCUAUCAUGUUCUCGUAAAUUUCCUCACCUCUCAUGUCAUGAUUCAGCGUUAUAUCAAUGAUCAAAGCUCGCUAAACUAAUCUGUUGAGAUCGCCACGCUGAUUAAAGACACAUCUGAAAUUCUA